AUGGACGCCGGGCUCGAGUCGGACAGAAUCGCCCGCAUACGUACAUUAGCGCUGAUGUCUUUGCAUUGUGAAGGCUAUGAUGGCGCCGAGGCUGCAUCUAUGCAUCUUUGUCGGGCUAUCCACCAGGCUCAGACUGCGGGUCUGCACCUCGAUAGACCUGAUCGAGUACAGGGGGAUUCUCUAUCACGACUUUUCUGGUGUCUCUGGACCCUGGAUAAGAUGCACGCGAGCAUAGGCGGCCGUUCAGUUCUCCUUGCCGACCGGGACAUAGGUCUGAGAAAACCAAAUGUCAAGACCUCUGAUCCCAAGUCUACAUUCGACGUGUGGUUUGCCAUCUCGGAUUUGCUCUCGACCGUGAUCUCAUUCUAUAGGCCAUCUGCGGAUCCUACCGUCGGCUGGGAAACCAACUUUCCAUCUUUUGAGGAGAUCAUGGGGGACAACUUCGGGGAGGAAUUGGAUUUUACUAUGUUGGGCUUCCUUGAAGUGUAUUAUCAUGCCGUCGCCAUUCUUUCGUGCAGGUCCCGAAUGCACGAUCGUCCCCAAAACUCCAAUUCCAGUAUCCGACAAGGCCUCGCUGCGGUCCGGAUACACUCCAUCAUAGCAACUGAAUGUGCCCAGGAUUUGCCUCCUCUGCCCAUCAUUCCAUACGCACUAUCCCUUUCCAUGAGCGUCUCCUAUCAGCAAUUUCGAUCAAGUAGGCUGAUUACCCACUUUAACCGAGCAAAGGCCAGCUUAGAGGCGUGCUGUUCGUUGUUGGAGGGUAUGGGCAUCUACUGGUACUCUGCAGAGGCAAUGGCGCGUCUGGGACGCAGGGCCUUGCGUGAGCUUGAUGGGGCGAAGUCUAGAUGGCACCGAUCCCAGGGACAGGGCGUUCGGCAGCCGAUGGACUCUGAAAGCAUCCCGUCUGCGUCAAAUGCACUCACCCCUGCUUCCACCACGCAGCUAGCGGCUGACAAUUAUAGCCCUCGCGUUUCUGGUUAUGUUCCCGCAGCCGUUGCGCCACAAGAGGGACCUACGGAUUCAUCCAGAGAGUCGCAGAGAGCCGAGGAAAGCCGGCAGGAUGCUCUUGAAGAUAUUGACGUGCUUUUUGGUGACUUCCUUGACCUGUCCUUACCAACGAACUUUUGGGACCCGGUCUUUCUCGCCGAGGAGGACCAAACUAGCACGUGA